UCACUGCAGCUUUCCUGAAACAAUUUCAACGGAAAAGAACUGCGCUGCCUAAUCCGCGUCAUGAAAGGCCGUUGGACAGCAGCACGUCGUUCUGAAGAACGGAAGUGGAGCAAAGACAUAGACAAUAUUUACGACAACAGUGUUGGUGUGCGCCAACAUCUCCGCGCACGAGCUGGCGCGGUAAGAAAGGCCAUCGAGAUCCGCGAAGAGAGUCAGCCACCUGGAAGAAGUCGUCUUCAAUCAAACCUUUGCGAUUUGCCUCGCACGGGCUUGAAUCAAAUUUCGAGAGAAGAUUUGUACAUUGAGCUGGACUCUGUGCAUAUCAAAAUGUCAACGCCCGUUUACAAGCGAACCCAAACUAACAACCGAUUCGCGACCCUCUCCGAUAAUGAACACCCUGGAUCACCGAUUUCCGAAGGCUUAGAUCAAGACGCCAAACAAGACGAUUGCAAUCCCAAGAAGCGACAUGGGUCUGCAAAAUUCACUAUCAACGAUAUGUCUGGGCGCAGCCUCUGCAAUGUCAACCUGGGUUUUGUUGAACAUGCCAACAUGGUCUCCAUGGAGGAAUUGAUCGCCAUUCCGGCUACAUGCCGCAAGUUUUAGUGGGAAAAACGAGCGGCAUUGUGUAUCGUUGCGGGGAAGCGAAGCUGAUCGCACCAUGAGACCGAGUUUUGGUCGUCCAGACGCAUAGCUUCUUUUCCACCAAAAACAUUAAAACAUUUAGGCAAUAUCACAGGUUGCCAAAUGCCUUCUGCCAAAAUUUGACGCCUCAAUUAUCAAGAAUAAGGAUGCGUCUUAGACGCACUAGGCUGCGUCUUAGACGCACAAUCUAUUUAGUGAAGUAUACAGUACAGACAUAUCACCCCCUAACUUGAUCAAUACUCUUCCGAUUACAUACAUCUUUUGGAUUCCAACUCAGUAUGUAGUUUUGCAGGGCUGCUUAUUUUAUUCCUUGCAAGCCAAAGGUUGCUGUUUGGAGCCGGCCUAUUUUCAUUUCAGCUUAUAUUUACCAAAUUUUCCGGUUAUAAGCCGACCUUUUAUGAACUAAAACCCGAUAGAACCGAUAAAUCGAAGCCUCAAGUACUGUAAUUUCACAAAUUUUCGGUGUACUUUUAUUUUCGGUACUUUCGGUGCGUCUGCUUCAUACCUAAAAUUUCAAUACACCGAACAAACACUAACACACAUUCAAUAGGGAACUGCUUCUCUGUACCGAAAAUUUCUGUUCACCUAGCCUGGCCUGUUGCCCUUAUACCGAAAAUAUUGAGCACCGAAAAUUUCUGAAAUUAGAGUAUUGGGGUCGAAAAUAUGGCAGUAGUUGCAAAGCGGUAGAACAUUAUCAUUAUUUGGCCCAACAAGUGUAGUUUACAAAACGGCUGAGAGUUCUGCUGCAACAUCCCUAUAUUCCAACCCCUGUGAUAACCAAGACUAUACAAUCUAUUUGGGUCAAGACACGAGAAGUUCUCAUGUCUUAAAGAGUUCAAUUGGCUGCAGGACUCACGCCAUCAUUGUAUCCCAUGUGCAUGCCACAGUC